AUGGCAACAGGCAAGAAGCGCCCAGCUCCGCAGGACGAAGACGUCGAGGUCGCGAUCCAUCCAUCUCGCAAGCGACGGGUUGAGAAUGGCCAAAGCCAAGCAGAACUUGCCAAAAUCAUCGACAACCUCAGAGAUGAAGUUCCCCAAGUACGGAUUGAAGCUACCAAGGCAUUGAUCAAGACGCUUUCCGCAAAGUCAGACGACCGGUCACAGAAUCUGGACUACAGUCUCAACAGACUCAUCAAGGGCGUCUGCAGUGGCGCGAAGGCCGCACGACCUGGAUUUUCUAUUGCCUUGGCUGAGGUUUUGAGAUUGGGAUUCACUGCUUCGGAGUGGAAGCUUCCCGGCAUCGUCGACAGGAUCAUUGCCUCCACGAAUCCGGACAGCAAGGCUCAUAGCGAUGAGAAGCGAAAUGAUUUGAUCGGCAGACGGUUCGCUUUUCAAUCGGUCUUGCAGAGCGGUGUCUUGGCCAAUGCAUCAGAUAACGAUGCACGAUAUCUCUUCGACGCUGUUACGGAGCUUGCUUCGCAGAAAGAAUGGCUUCGUGGCGAAUGCGGUGCUAUGCUCUACGAGUUCCUCAAGAGUAAAGAGGGCAGCCAGCUGAAGGAUGAGACUGUUCGCAAUCUGAUCAACUCGUGGCUUGACAAGGGCCUGCUCAAAUCUCCAGAAGGCGUGGUUCUGUGGUUGACUAUCAAGAAGGCAUUUCCGGACGUCAAGCUACCGAAGGGACAAUGGCAUCACAAUGACCCUCUUUCUUCUCAAGAACGAUCGACUCUUGGCAAGAUCUUGCAGAAGAAUGCUGUCGAGGCCGGGGAGGAAACGAACGGGGCGGCGAAGAAGCAGUCUGGCGCCAGACAAGUCAAGCCGAGCUUCGUAUGGGACGUCAUCCUCGGAUACCUCUACAAAGAAGGCGAGAACAAGUUCUCGCAGUUCUGGGAUGAAUGUGUAGCUACGUCGGUCUUCUCUACGGCAUCUUCCACGGAACGCAAAGCCCUUGGACUGCAAAUUUUCACCAAAGCCAUUGGAACCGCCCCUGCAGAGCUGCUCCAAUAUGUGGUACAUCCCAACAUUGUUCGCUGCAUCCUGGACCAACGAGCCAAAGGUGAUCGAGCGUUGUUUGAAGCUGCUAAGGUGCCGUUGAAUCAAAUGGUCAAUCGAGGGAGGAACGACGAUGGCUCUGAUGCUGCCCAAGCCAUUGUCAGCAAGCUGCUAACGAUUCUGCCUCCAAAUGUGGACAAGUUGACCAGAUCGACAGUGGAAAGCCUGCUUGCUGCGAUAGAUGAAGAUGAUGACCUCGCCAACACUGCUGUGGGGGUAAUCAGUCUCAUGCGAACGCCUGGUCUUGAAGACACUGCAGAAGCUGAAAAGAAGCGCAGAAUGCUGGCAGAUGUGCUACUCACAAUCAUUCGAGCACGACGCGGAGAGCCAGAGCAAUUUUUCGACGGCCCCGAGUCAACUCAACUGGCGGAGUGGCUCUCUGAACUUCUGAAGGGGUUGACGAAUCUCGGAUACAGCACCUCUGGCGCGAAAACAAUUCCCUCGUUGACAGCGACAUCCCAGUCACUGUUUCGAGAUAGGCUGAUGUCGUGCCUUGGUCACCUGGUAGACCUUCCACUCAACCGUGCGCUUCUGGCACCAACCUUUGUCGUAGAGACUCUGCGUGAAGCAGAAAAGAGCCUUCUCGACAAGCUCAGUGAUGAAGCCUUGGCUGUGUUGAAAGACGCUCGCAAGAACCUCAAGGACGCAACGAAGAAGAGUACGAGUACGACCAGCGGCACGGCGACGUACAUGCAAGCAUUCCGACUGCUACUUGCUCUCGGUAUGCUUCAAGUGUACAAGCAGGAACCCGACAGCAUUGGUGUGUUGGAAGACAUCAAUGCAUGCUAUCACAGCCCGAAGGAGGCUGGCGAUGCGUCUGAGAUGCUGGUGGAGCUCUUGUUGAGCUUUGUAUCGAAACAGUCUGCGCUCUUCCGCAAGCUUGCUGAGCAAGUCUUUGCAGCUUUUGCAUCAGAGGUGACCGAAGAUGGUCUGCAGUCUAUGAUUGACAUCCUUUCGCAGAAAGAGAGUUUGGCUGGUCAACAGGAACUGUUCGAUCAGAAUGAUGAAGAUGAGGCCGAUGGCGGUGCCGAGGAAAGUGAUGAAGAGGACGGCGAAGACGAUGAAGAAGAAGAAAUCGAUGUGGAGGACAUGUCGGAUGUCGAGCUUGUCAACGGCGAAGUCGUCGAGAAAGAGGACGACGACGACGACGAUGACUUGAACAGCGAUGAAGACUCGGAGGGUGGUGAAGGAGACGAAGAUGAAGAGGCUGCGUUCGACCGCAAACUUGCCGACGCCCUCGGCACUGCAGGGAUGGACUCCGACGAGGAUGAGGACGGAUCAGAUAUGGACGACGAACAGAUGAUGGCUCUGGAACCUCACCUCACCAAUAUAUUCAAAGAGAGGCAGAAGGGCUCAAGCAAGAAGCAGGACAACAAAGACGCCAAGGAGAACAUUGUCAACUUCAAGAACCGAGUUCUGGACCUGCUCACGGUCUUCGUGAAGAGCCAGUAUGCCAAGGACAUUACUCUUAACCUCCUCCAUCCUCUAGUAACCCUGACCCGGACGACCUCGAACCAAGCAACCGCGAAGAAAGCACUCGGUGUUCUGGAGCAGUACUUCGACACCUGCAAACGAUUCAAGACCGGACCAAAACUAGACUCUGCGUCUCUGCACUUCACUCUUCUCGACGCCAUCCACGAAGAGAUGCGUCAAGGCGGCUCCAAAAUCCAUGCUGGCGCUUGCAGUCGCUCAAGCCAAUUUCUCGCAAAGCUGUUAGUCGCGAAGGAUGAGAAGCAUUGGGAGGCUGUCGCGGGGAGGUAUGUCAAGUUACAGGCGGAGUGGAGGAGAGAUGGGGAGAAGAGUAAGAUCCACCCAAGUGUUUUCAAUGAGUGGCAUAGCUGGUCGAUGCAAAGGUAG